GGAGCGGAUCAGGAGCGGAUCAGGAGCGACUGCAGGGGGGGAACUUUAGUCUGCUAUGGCGGAGUCUCAGCUGCUGUGCAUGGACGAUGAGCACGUCAACGAGAAGAUCCCGGACUCCAGACCCGAGUUUUACUACAGCGAGGAGCAGCGUGCGGCCCUGGAGCAGCUCCUCCGGAACGGGGACGGAGCCUUCAAGAUGCGCCUCAAGGAGGACAACAUCAAGGACUUCCUCUCCGCCAGGGAGGUGAGGUUCAUCCGGAAAACCUUUCUCGAGUACGACACGGACAGCGACUCCGAGUCCGGAGAGCAUGAGAAGUCCAAGGAGUCCUCCAGCGCGGACUCCGGGGUCCACUCCACCUACUGGCCCCAGAUGUCCGACACCGAGGUCCCGUCUCUGGACAUCGGCUGGCCCGGCAGCAGCGGCGUCUACAAGGGGGUGACCCGGGUGUCUGUGCAUACCCACCCGCCCAAAGAGUCCGGACCGCACAUCAGGGAGGUGGUGAGGAGGCUGAUCCAGGAGGCGCACAAGGUAGUGGCCAUAGUCAUGGACCUCCUGACAGACCUGCAGAUCCUUCAGGACCUGCUGGAUGCGUCAUCGCGGCGCGGGGUGGCUGUCUACGCCGUGCUGGAGGCGGGGGGAGUGCCCCACUUCCUGGAUAUGUGCGCACGGCUGCAGGUUAACGCGGUGCAUCUGCGGAAUCUCCGUGUGCGGAUGGUGAAAGGUGCAGGGCUGGCCCUGUCAUUUGGAAAGCUGCCCGGCUCCCUGUGCUCCAAAUACAUGCUGGUAGAUGGAGAGAAAGUCAUGUUUGGGUCUUACAGCUUCACCUGGAGUUCCUCUCGGAUGGACAGGAACACGAUCACCGUGAUGACGGGACAAACUGUGGACUUCUUCGACAAUGACUUCAGGGAGCUGUACGCUGUGUCUGAACAAGUCGACCUCUACAAGGAGUUCAACAUCACCAAGCCGCCUAUACCUACGCCCAUCACCAAGCCAAAGGUGGAGCCAGUCCGGCCCCCACCCGUCUCCAUGUCUCGCUUUCAAGUAUCUAUCAAUGACUCCAGACAGGUCGACCUAAAGGUACCUGCACAUAAAUACCACAACCCUAAGUACUCUUUAGUUUUUGGGAACAGCAGGGGUCUAACAGGUUCCCUCCAAGACCUGUCAACUCCGAGCGACUCGCUGGUCGGCGGGCUGAACCAGAGGAACGGCCUGCACAACCUUCAUACCAACAGCAACAACAAGGACCAGGUGGACCGAGUGUCCCCGCAGAGUCUUGGCUCACCCACAGAGGAGGAGGAUGAGGAUGGAAAGGGGGGCUUGAAUAAGAACCCGGCUGCCGGAGUGAAAAAACGCAGCUCCUUCAGGCACUUCUUGAAAGGCAGGGGAGGUAAUCACAGCACAGACACUAUAGAGGAAGGCGUGGUCACUCCUCAGAGCCCCGCCCCCGUCUGUAAAGCGCCAGAGACCAAUGGCGUCGCAGCAAAUGAGCUGGAGGACUCGUUUGAGAUCAUUGAGAAACCAGGUCCGCUGAAAUCCAAAAUCAAGAAGCCCUCCAAGCUCAUUCAGAGGAGUAUGUCGCUGCAGACCAUCAACUCAGGAGACGAAGACGGGUCCAAGAGCCGCCGGCGGCAUCAAAAGAAGAACUGCAUCCAGUCAUGAGAUCAAAAACAAGAGGACAGUCUCUCAUGGUUAAACACACUGAGUCACAGUAUCACUUUACUGUAACCAGGUGACUUUACUUUACAGGACAAGAGUGCAGUCAGUGUCUGUGGCCUGUUACACGGCUUCAGUUCGGGGUGAAAGUCCCUGCUGUGCCUUAUGGGAGCGACCACUGACGUUGUAGUUUAACUAAUCACGUGAGGAAAAAAAGAAUAAAUAAUCCUCCAGAAAAUCUCAACAUUGUAGCCAAAAGUGCUGAUGGAGGCAAAUUCCAUCGCCACUAUUUUUUAUAUUAAAUUAUUCUUGAAGUCAAGUGUUUUUAUAUUUUACACACGUAUGCUUGAACCUGAACACCACAGAGGAGCUCGGGCUGCGACCCAGGCUGCGACCUGGGUGGAUUACAUCACACCUGUGAGUUGACACGGUUGCUAUGGAGACAGGAAAAGUGAUCGGUGGUGCUGUUGUCCCCGAGUGUCGCCUUACAGAGGACCCUUGGUAACAGAGUAAGUGUUCAUCGGAGUGUGUUGUACAGGCUGUGAAUAAUGUAGGCUGAGCUGAGUGCUGACGCAGCCCCUCUGUUUGCUUCUGCUGUACAGACACUUUGUGUGUUUGCACUUUCUGGGAUUUUGUUGUUAUUCAGGCAAAACUGGCGAGAUUAAAAAUGUGAAUUCUGGAGAGAAACCACUUGAGAUGCAGAUAAUCUGCAAAGAAAUUUUUUGUAGAAGAAAUGGAAUA